CGUAUACACCGCAACAGGUAUACCAUCGCCUCUAUACUUGCCAUAGUAUAUCAUAUAUUAUUAUUAUUACGCUCAUUCCUGCUCAGCAGUUGCAGUGCCACUCGGCAGUCAUAUACGUACGCCAGACUCCAGCGCACCGCGCACGUAACCGUUUCUUUAAACCUCGACGCGACCGCCACCGGACCAUGGUCAUCACGGCUAGUCUCUCGCAUCGCAAUAAUUGUGUACACACAUCGUCCUCGUAGUUUUUAUACCCGGUAAUACAUCGACCGGUGUCGUGUUGUACCUCGGUCGACCGUCCAGUGAUCAUAAUACACCGCCAAAAUAAUAGCUGCGAAAACGGUAUUGUGCCCAACGUUCACGUCCAUCGUAAAUUGCUCGUUUUAAUUGCGGUUUGCGGUUGUCCCGGAGAGUGAUCGCCUGCACGAUAUCACCAGAUCGUCCGCAUUGUUUAUUUAUAACGACAAGCCGUUAUCGCGAUUAUCUCGUUUCGAAAAGUGUAUCGUGCCCGCCAAAAUCCGCCGGCCCCCUAAUACGGCCAUAACUAUAUAGUACGCGACGUGUACAGCAAUAUCGGAAAUAUUAUGUGAUUCUGUGGUGUACCCAAUAUAUUAUGCCGACCAGCCGUCCUUAUUUCGUCGGCCUCCGGAUUUCUGACGCCGACGCCACCGCCAAGCCGACGUGUGUGCACCACGCAUUUGGAUUUUUCUCCAACAGGUAGAUAAUGCCAAAAACUUGGAAUGGUGGAUCUGAACCCGGUUGAGGAACCUAUGCUAGACGAUGGCCGGACGACCCUGCAUUACGCCGCGUCGACGGGCGACAGUGGCUCAGUCGCCGAAAUUUUGGCCGCCGGGUCCGUGGAUGCCAACGCCCAGGACGCGGUCGGUUAUUCGGCCGUGCAAAUCGCCGCGGCUGAAGGCCAUCUGGACGUGCUGCGACUGCUGUUGCGACACGACGCCAACGUCAACCUGCACGACAACAUGCAUGGAAAUACGGCGCUACACGAAGCUAGUUGGAAGGGUUAUAGCAAAACAGUGGCGUUGCUCGCAUCUUCCGGCAGCGACUUGGAUCGCAAGAAUUAUGGAGGAUCGUCUGCAUUGCAUUUGUGCUGUCAGAAUGGACAUAACCAAAGCUGCCGUGAACUCCUACUCGCCGGAUGUGAUCCAGAUGUCCAAAAUAAUUAUGGUGAUACACCACUUCACACAAGCGCCAGGUAUGGACACGCCGGAGUACUAAGAAUAUUAAUAAGUGCUCAGUGUAAAGUUUCAGAACAAAAUAAAAAUGGUGAUACGGUACUGCAUAUUGCCGCAGCUAUGGCCAGGAAAAAAUUAACUAAAAUAAUUUUGCAAGCUAAGUGUAAUACUACAUUAAAAAAUAAGCAAAAUGAAACUGCUAGAGAUAUAGCAGAACGCAAAAAUUUGACUGAUAUUUUAGAAAUUUUAAAAAACCCCAUGUACAAAAAGAAAAGUAGCAGUUCAAAAACAAAAAAUGAUUCAAAAGACAGUAAAAAACGAACCGACACAAACAUUAAAAAACAAUGGUCUCCCUAUGGUUGCCAUUAUUUUCCGGAUACUAAGGAGUUUCCAAAACCAAAAUUGAAUUCUUUGCCUGAAGAACCAUUACACGCAGGUGAACAAUAUUAUCUUGACUUAGCUGGAAAUAUUAGAAAAGGACCAGUAGGAGUUGGGUACACAUGUUACUGUGCACCCUUUUUCAAGGAAUUAGAAGCUCGAUUAGAUCAUAAUACGAAAAAACUGAAACGGCAGAUUUGUCGUACCGAAGAUAAUAUUAAUCGGAGAUUGUGUUCCGUUGAGAAACAGCUGAAGCGAUCAAAUGAAAAACUUCAACAAGUGUCUGAAGAAGUGAGCGACAACGACAGCGAGUUGGAGAACCGGUUUCGAACAGAAUGUGCUAUUGAUACUACGGUCAUGGACCCAAACUUACGAUGGCGAUUGGACUAUCUGACAGCUCGACGUCACGAUGAUAUACCAUGCAAUGAUUCUGGAUAUAGCACCAAAAUGUUUAGCAACUCCCAAGGACCAUCACCUUCAUUAUCUAAUUUAAUGGAGAAUGGUGUGGUACCUGUCAUAGAAAACAGUAAAAUGCCAAAAUCAUUAAGUGUAUUACCUGACAAUAACAACAUGGAAAGUAUUGUAUGAUCAAAACGUGCCAAAGUUAUCUAAAAACUUUUAUAUUUCAAUUGAAAAAAACUAAUUAUAAGAAUUACAAUUUAUUUUAAGUUUUUUUUUU